UUUUUUUUUUUCUCUUCUUUUUUUUUUCUUAUACUAGCAACGAAACGGUUACCAUGACAUCACAUUAUGAUACCCCUCAAGAAGCAUCCGUUCAUAGUACACCGCUAUCACUCUCUAGUGCAGACUAUGCACUCAAGGUCAUAUUUAGUCAAUUUGAACAUGUAGCCGAUAAUAAAAUGGCACUCAUCUUAAAUAUGGGUGUGGAUGCCGAUGUCGACCUUAAGAAACUAUUAGGACGUGGUAGUGACGAGAACUUUGAUAAGCUCAUUUGUUCUCUCUCUUCUCUAGCAGUUACACAACAAAGUGCUGUGAUUGAUGCUGUUAUGCGUUGGAGAAAGCUUAAAGUAGAACCCUUGGAUCCAAUGAUUAUUAAACGAGUGAGUGAUUCUGCUCCUUUGUCUCGAAGUAGAGAAAUCCAAUCUGUACUGAAAGAAAGACAAUCGCUUGCUUCUGUAUUUAUAUUAUGUAGAACACUUAUCGAAAUCAUCAAACGACUUACACCUGGCUCAUUACCCGAUGAUCUCGGUGAAAACCUUGAAGAAAUCGUCUUCAAUCAACUCAAAAAAGCAGAUCCUGAUGCUAUCAAGAGAUCAAAAAAUAGAACGGCCAGUAUGGACUUAUUUGCAGAAUUGAUUGGCGAAUUAUCCAACAUUCGAUUUGCUUCUGUCAGUGAUCGAUUUAUUGCCGAACUAGAGAAAUACAACAGCCAGACAAUCAUGAAAGAACGACAAGGACAUAUGGAAAUGCUCAUCAAAGGCAUGCGAUAUCUAAAGAUCAAGAUUUACCCUGUAGACGCAUUAGAGGAAACAGCAGAUUUUUUGUCGAGUUGUGCCAGUUUCUUUAAGAAUGCGCAUGGUGCUAAAGUCAAACAUACUUAUGCUAGACUAUUCACUCAACUAUUGUUGCCUAUUGCUGAAGUCGCUGUAGCAGAAGUCAAUUUCCCUUCUUGGGCAAAAGCAGUGGAUCUUAUGUACCCCCGCGCAUUAAAAAUGACACUCAAGCCAAGGCAUGUCUUGGCAGGCUAUCCUCUUGUCACAACCUUAUUAUGUGUCAGUCGAAAAGAGUUCUUUUUGACCAAUUGGAUGUCUAUACUCGAAAGUUGCUUUCAGAAAUUCAAUAAGGAUAAAUAUACCCGUUCAAUGGCAUUAGGAUGUGUGUCUCGUUUGACAUGGACAUACUUAUUUCGAUGCAUUGAAAGUACACCCAACACAUUCAAGAAACUAGACACAGUCAUCAAGACUAUCUUUCCACCUUUUAGACGCACAGUGUAUCCCUCGGAUACACCUUUGGAUCAUUUUAUACUGAUUACCUAUUUUGCAUUGAUGCGAGAUGUAGACACAGGCACUAAAAAAGUCUUGUUCUAUCUACUCAACACAGAAGCCUCUUCUUCCAGUCAUUCGUCCCAUAGUUGGGAUCUGAUAAACCCAGAACGCAUGAUUAUCGGUCUAUCUGCUUUUCAAAUGAUGUUAUCUGACCUUGAACAAAAUACGGUCAAACCACCUUUUCCUGCUCAAAUUGAUAUGGCUGCAUGCGACCUUCCUUCUUCUACAGCCGAUGUAUUUUCAGGCCCUAUUCGUGCUGUGAAGUCAGACAUGACAGACAAAGUAGAAGAAAUCAUAUCCAAAACACUCACUAGUUUAGACCAGACAUUUGGUCGAUUAUUAGUGUUGGAUGAAAAGAAUAUCAUGAUCCGUACAUCUCAACUAAACAGUACAAACACGCCUACCAGUACAGCCAAUUACUCAGUCCCUAUCUUUACCAACAGUGUAGGGUCUUCCGAUAAUGGACCUCAGAUCCAUCAUGCAUAUACUUCUUUUUCCGUCUCUUAUACCAAAGAUAAACAAGCUUAUUUUGAUGUGAUCAAGACGAUUCUUGACGGUAUGCCUCGUAUGAUGCCUGCAGGUAUUCAGUUGCGUACGAUUAUAGAUAUGUUGUCAAGAUACACAGUGCAUACAGACCCUGAUGUGAUCCAGUCUGCUUCACAGGCCUUGUUGCGCAUUGCAGCGCAGAUCGAUGGUCAGACGGUGGUAGUUGGGUUCUCUCAGUUUAUCUGUAAGAUUGAAGACAAGUUUUCAGAUGUCGUUCAGUCGUUGGCCUAUGGUCCUUUAAACACAACGCAUGCGCAUGGAGGCAUUCUUCAGCUCUAUGUGGACUUGUUGUCGAUCUGGGUAGAUCAGUUAGAGGCUACCUCAGGCCUUGAAAGACCUGUCAAUGCCGAUGCAAGAGGGUCCGUUGAACUCAAUAUUAGUAAAUUAUGGGACUUGAUUAAAGAAACAGAAGCCAAUGGCCUCUUGUAUCUCUGUCAUCAAUCACCCAAUAUACGCCGAUUCGCUGUUCAGAUCUUUCGUAUGGCCUCCAAACUUGCCGACCGUAUUCCUAUCGCUCAAGCGCCCCAACCUACUGAAUGGAAACGUAUGAUUGACAUGCUUGAAAAGAGCGGCAAAGACUUGAUAUCAUCCGACCUUUUGAACGCCACGGCAGAGAUGCGCACACGUAUUGCUCAACACCAACGACGUGCCAUGGACACCAUCUUGAUCCAGCUAGCCGAAAGUGAUCAUGCUGCUGAUAUUGCGAUCUGGAACGCAUGUCUGCCUCAUGUCUUUAAACUCUGUUUUGAGCAUUUUCCAGCCAGUACAGCUGAAUGUCGACAAAAUAUCUGUCAUCGCUUAUUACAGAUCCAGCCGUUCAUUGCUGUCUGGACAGAGACCAUCAAGGCCAGUACAACAGGCACGCUCAGUAUGGCCAAGAGCAACAAUGCGAACCAUAAAGCAGCCAGUCCAGAAACGAUUGAACAAUGGCGUAUCUAUCUCAUCUUUGCCUGUGCGACAGCUGUCCCUGUAGAGAGCUCGAGUCCGUCUAUCACGCUGCCUAUCUGGUCUCAUGUGGGUCGAAAGGGUUCUGUUGGUCUAGAGCGUAUCAGUAACACACGCGACCUGUUUCGCUUGAUUUCACCUUAUUUGACUUGUGAACAGAAACAGAUUCGAGAGAAUGCGAUUGAAGGUCUUGGAAGUAUCAAUGCUAGUGUGUAUCCAGCCUUGAUGCUUGAACUGGAAGGCUAUGUCAAGAUUGUGUUGGACGAUGGUAAACAACGCAACAAUCAAAAGCCAUAUCAAAACAAGCGCAGUAAAAAGAACGACCGGUUACGUAUCUCUAUCAUACAUGUACUUGACUUGACAGCCCAUUGUUUAGCAGACACAGCUUGUGUGAAGAACAAGGACAUCAUGAAUAUCAUCAUGAGCUAUAUCAAAGAAACCAAGUCGUUUCUGGUGGACUCUGAAGUACAGUUGGAAUGGGAAUAUCAACGAUUGCGUAUCUAUCUGUGUGGAUUAGUAGACAAGUUGUAUGAAAACAUUCUCAAGUUGGAUCAAGAUACAACGGCACUAAUGUCCUUUGAGACACGGUUGAGUCUGUAUAAAAUGUUUGAAGAAUGGUGUGGCUAUGGUGUGGCAGCCAAGAUAGCACAACAACGAGAAGCUACCAUGAUACGAGAUGUAUUAGAAUUAUGUAAAGAUCCUAAAGAAAGAGCAGCCAUGACCCAAGUGAUGGAAGAAGAGAGGAAAGCAUUAGAGUCUGCUUCAUUGAGUGCUAUGGCCACUUUAUGUCGUGGUCCCUUGUAUGCGUAUUUAGGACAAAAAAAGGCUAGACAGGCCAUUAUUCAGUUUGAUACUCUAAAUGUGCUCAAGUGGAUUGAUGCUAUUUUUGAAAGUCGUGAUCCUAAAUAUCAUGCUAUAGCCAGGCGUGCACUGGAAGCAGUGAUGAUAUACAACCAGGACCAAAGUGUACUGUUAGAUGAUAUCAUUGAACAAUGUUAUGCAGGUAAUCCUAAACUUGAAUUCACACAGGGUUAUUUCCAAGCACUUGCCAGCAUUGUGACUCAGAUGGAAGACUAUCCAUGUCAUAUUCAUCAAAUCAUGAGCCUGGCUUUGUUCAAGACAGGUGAUGCCAAAAAGUCCAUACGAAAGACAGCCAUUCAGUUGCUGCGUGUGGUUGAAGAGCGUGUGUUUGUGGAUUCCUGUGCGAAAGAAUACGAAAUUGGUAUCACCAGUAGUUUGCCUGCUAUUUACAAACAUACACAAACACUGCUUUCUGCACGUCUUGCAUUGGAUCAUCCUGAACAGACGUACCCUAUGCUUUCAGAAGUCACACAACGGUUUGAACAUAUCAGCACAAACGCUCAACGUGAAGUAUUGACUUACAUGCUGCCAUGGCAUCGUAAAGUGGACUUAAUGGUGGGUCCUCAAGAUACAGAACUGAGUGCUUCUGCCUAUAUGGUCUUGUCCAAUCUGUACUAUAUCACGGUCAAGUUUGGUGAUGUCUGUGUGAAAGAAACAGCAGCUUUAUGGAGCCAAUUAGUAGAUUAUGGUCGAAAUGUACGUGCCAUCAUCAUGUUCUUGCUGGAUAUGGGCCAAGAAUUGCGCAAUCCUUGGUUUCUGAUUCAUGCCAAACGUGUCUUUGUCUGUCUGGGACGCACGCAUGCUUUUUCAACAGUGACAGAAGAAGUCAUUGCUGAAAUCACACCUCGAUCUAUGGUGCCACAGCUCAAAGAUAUCAGCAGCAGACAUGCGCAUGCAUUUCCUCUCUUGUUUGUAGCCGAUACCGAAAAAGUCUUGCCUGACUAUCCCAAGAAACCUGUGUUUUCAAGAGGCCAGUUGGCCAUGGUAUUCUUAGUUGAUUUGGCAAUUGAAGCAGGUGCAGAUUUAGCGCCUCACCUACCGCUCUUGUUGCAUUGUAUCUUUGUUCAAUUGGACCAUUUGACGAGUAUUGUAUGUGAUCAGUCUCGAUGCUUUUUGAUCAACUUGAUUCAUUCGAUUGUGGUAAGACAGUCAAUGGAUUCUGAAGCUUCUCAAAAAGCAUCUGAUAUCAUUCGAUGGCUUGUGGACAAAGAAGGCAAGCGUUUAUGGGCUUAUGAGAACAUCACACCUACGCACCGACGUAUUGCUAGUGCAGAUGAACUCAAGAGUUUAUUACAAAGCGUCGUCCAGGUCUUUUCAUAUGAAGAUCCUGAUUUACGUCAACGCUGGGGAGAGACAGCGCUCAAAUGGGCUACCUGUUGUUCUGUGCGUCAUAUUGCCUGUCGUUCUUUUCAAUGUUUUCGUGCCUUGAUGCCUGCGUUUAAUCAACACAUGCUGGCAGACAUGUUGGCUCGCCUAUCCAACACCAUUGCUGACAAAUCAGAAGAAAUCCGUGGGUUUGCACUUGAGAUCAUCUUGACCUUAACAGAAGUAGCCAAAGCCAUGGACAAGACACAGAUAGAACAGUUUCCUCAGCUCUUUUGGGCAGCUGUGGCAUGUCUCUAUAGUCCUUAUGAAUCAGAACAUUGUGAAGCACUGCUAUUAUUGGAUGUUGUGUUGGAGAAGUAUGGAUUUCAAGCGAACUUGGCAGACAGUUUUCCCAAGAAUUGGUCAAGUGAAUUUGAUGGCUUGCAGCCUUUACUUUUAAAGGGUCUUCAAUUCUCUUCAGCAGAGGCAGACACGUUCAGGAUUCUUCAGUCUAUUUCUUUACAAGAUAAUUUACCCUUGAUUGAUCCUACUGAAACUCGACUGAUGUAUCUUUUGCUCGGCAGUGUUCCUCGUUUAUUACAUGGUCUUGACGACGAGCAUGGUAUGGUGGAUCCUGAAGCAGUCGAACUUGCCAACACACUUGCCAAACUGUUUGAAGACUAUGGCCUGUCUGGCAUUCAACGUAUCAUGACGACCUACCCUAUCCAGAAAUCAAAGUUUCAAGAAGACUUUCUUAAACAGAUUCUCGGUAGUAUGCGUGAUGUUUUUCUAGAGAAAUAUGUUCGAGAAGCCUUUAUGUUUUCACUCAUGAUGGUUAAGAACAAAAUAUUGUCUUAUCGUGAAAAGACAUUGCUUUUGAUUGAAAACCUGAUUCCUUAUGUGACAGGCAAAAUGGUCCGAGUGCCUUCUGUCUCUAUUGAUAUUGUUGCCUUGGAACCUUUAUUGCAACUUGUACCUACAGAAUACUCAGAUCGAGCGCUGGCUAUUUUGAACAGUGGUAUUGAAACUGUCUCUUCUCAAGAAGGCGGUACUAUGUCAGACGAUAAUGAGCUCAUUUGGGGAUCCACCAAUUUUGUAUCAGCAGCCAAUACCACACGCCAUAAUAUCCAUGCUGUUGUGUUCGAAUGCUCUUCAAUUACAAACGAAGCGCCUAUUGAACACAACAUUCAAUUCUCGGUAGAAGACUUUUCGAUGCUUACAGGUGAAGCGCAAGGCAAGAGUCCAGACCUUAGUCGACGACAAGAUCGACCUAUGUUGAGUGAUAUUCCUCUCCAUUUGACAGCAACACCACAUGCAGGUCAAUACGGCGAUGAUUUGAUGAACGCAUUGAAGGAUUUAGAUGAUUUCUUCAAUGAAGAUGGUGAACCUAUUUCUCCCUCAAAUUCAAGUCAUUUGUUUAUGCUUCAGACCACUGAAGAUAUCAGUGGCUCUUUAGGACCAACUACACCUAAUAUAUAAUAAAUAAUGCU